AUGGCAGCGGGCCCGCAGAGGCCCCCUGCCGCCUGGGAGCCCAUCCUUGAGGGUCCCAGCGAUGGUUCCACCCCCCAAAUGGCAGGGGUCAAAAACAGCAGCUGCUGCGAUGAGUGGGAAAACCUUGUGGUGAACCACGCUUUCCCACACUUUCAGGAGGCCAAGACCGCUGCCUUUAAAUGUGAUCCGCCUGGAGCCCGGCGUCCAUCGAUGAUUCGGCGAGCGAUUCCCCGUGGGGCCUUGGCCGGGCUGGCGGCGGCGGCGGCGGCGGUGGCGCCGAGGGGGAGGCGCGUGGCCUGUUCUGCCGAGCGGUGCAGGCGUGCUGGGCAGCUGCCCGUCUUGCGAAUUGCAGUUGAAAAUGGCUUUGGAGGGAUGUACAGCCAAGAAAAAGCGGAAUGGAUGGUGGGGGCUGUGGAGCAAUACUUCCAGAGCAAUGCUGACCUGGAGCCAGAUGAGAUAGAGGAUUUUCUUGCUGAGUUGAUGAACAAUGAAUUUGACACAAUGGUAGAAGAUGGGAGUUUGGCUCAGGUGAGCCAGCAACUAUGCCUGUUUUUUAAGCAAUGCCAGCACGGGGAUGGAGCGGCCGUGCAUGAUGCCCUUGUCCACCUGGCCCAGAAGCAGCAAGAGGCUAAAAUGGUAGCUGCAAAAUCUCAGCCAGCUGACCAGAGCAGCAGUGAGGAAGAGGAUGAGCAAGAACCUGAAGAAGAGGCCAUGGAGUGCAGUGCCACUCCCAGCAUGAAUGGACCAACAUCCAGUCCACCUCCCUCUUCAAACUUAGAUGUGGAUGAUGGUUGGACCUUGGUGACGAAGAAAAAGAAAUGAGGAAGGCAGUCAAGCGGUGACUGAAGGCUUCCUGUCCAGAAUGGUGCCACAGGGUUGUGGCAGGACAAGAUGGAACUGUAUAUUUCUAAAUAUGGAUAUUUAUUUUUUAAUUAAGUAUGGAGGAGUGUGAUUCAGAAAUGUGCAGUACUUUCAUUCUGAGAGCUUUGGGACGGAGAGGCUCUCCAUGCUACACUGUUUGCACACCCAUGGCUGCUUGUACCUUUGGGUCUCCCUUAGCAGAUGCUGUCCUGCAAUGGGUAGAAUCCUGGCUGAAGGGCAUCAGGUCCUUGUGAUUUUUGAAGCUGUUUUGCCUUUUCUAAAUGGAGAUUAUCUUCCACCUCAGUUGUCCUCCCAAGGUUUGAAAUGGAUAUUAGUAGCCAUAUGGAUUCUUGGGCAGGGAGUUUUCUCAAUGCCUUGCUCACCUUUAGUCUUUGUCUGAAGUACUGCUUUCACAGGGAUCAUAGGAUUCUUUCUAUCCUAUUUCAACCAGGCCUACUUCUGGAAGAGAAGAUCACACCAGCCUCUUCUUCCUUUCCAGGACAAUCCCCAGAAGGGCGAUUGUAUUCUUGUCUUUCUUUUGCUUUGUUUUUUAGGGAAAAAAGAGAUGCACAUAACAGAAAAACAAAAUCCUGUAUUUAAAAAAAAAUAUGGACAUUGAAAAACAAAAUACAACAAUGAAUCUAGAAAGUAAAAUGGACAAUACACAAAUCUUGGUUGUGGGGCAGGAAUCUUCAGGUCAAUAGAAGCUCCCUUCCCCUAACCUCUGUAGUGGCCAGCCACUAUACACGAGCAACAAUAAAAUAUUAUUUUGGUAAAA